UUCAUCAAGAUAAAAAUUACUUUAAAACAAUUAUUCUUUCAACAUUAAAUUUUUACUUAAGAGGUAAUUUUCAAUAAUUAGUUUUAAAAAAAAAUUAUUUUUUAUAUUUAUUAUCUUAGAAUGAAUUAUUGUAAAAAUUGUCCCUUACCAAUUACAAGUGAAGUAACAUUAGCGUCAACUUGUGGUAAUAUUGGAACAUUUAUAUUAUUUAUGGGAAUAUUGGAAAGUUUUAUUCGAAAACAAUGUGAUCUUGAAGAUCCAUGCCAUCGAAUUAGACCACAAGAGAAACCAAAUUUAAGUUAUGAUUUUGUCGUAAUUGGAUCUGGAAGUGCAGGUGCAGUUGUUGCAUCGCGUUUAUCGGAAGAAAAAAAUUUUUCAAUUUUACUAAUCGAAGCGGGAUUAGAUGAGCCAGCGUGGACACAAAUGCCACCAUUUUAUAUGAAUACACUGCGUACAAAAUUAGAUUGGCAAUAUACAUAUGUUAAUGAAGAGGCUGAAUGUAAAGAUCAAAAUGAUUCCAGAUGCUAUUGGGGAAGAGGAAAGGUACUCGGUGGUAGUAGUUCAAUAAAUGGUAUGACAUACAUUAGAGGAUCAAAAAAAGAUUUUGAUGAUUGGGAAAAAAUGGGAAAUAGAGGUUGGUCCUUUAAGGAUGUACUUCCAUUUUUCAAAAAAAGUGAAAAUAAUUUACAAUACAAUUUAAUGGACAAUGGUUAUCAUAGUCAAAAUGGACCACUUCCAGUUACACAAUUUAAUUAUCAUCCACCAAUGAGUUACGAUAUUCUAAAAGCUGGACAAGAAUUAGGUUACAAUACUGUUGAUCUAAAUGGAAAAAGUCACACUGGAUUUGCAAUUGUUCAAAGUACAUCAAAAAAAGGUAGUCGAUAUUCAACAGCACGUGCAUUUUUAAGACCAGCGAGAAAUCGUCAUAAUUUACAUAUUAUGCUAAAUUCAACUGCAACGAAAAUUAUUUUUAAUAAAAAUAAAAAAGCAAUUGGUGUUGAAUUUUACAAAAAUGAUAAAUACAUUCAUGUUGGAAUUAAUAAAGAAGUCAUUGUUAGUGGAGGUAUUAUUAAUUCUCCACAAUUAUUAUUGAAUAGUGGAAUUGGUGACAAAGAGGAAUUAAAAGCCAUUGGAUUAUCAGUUAUACAUCAUCUUCCUGGUGUUGGAAAAAAUUUACACGAUCAAGUUAUGUAUCCAUUGAUUUUUUCCACCAAUGAAACGAAUAUUAAUUUUCUAAAUUGGGCAUCUGCCAUGGAAUAUUUACUUAAUCGAAAAGGACCAUUAAGUGGCUUAGGUAUUAUGGCAAUGACUGGUUUGAUAAAUACAAAAUUUGCCAAUCCCAAUGAUGAUCAUCCUGAUAUACAGUUAUUUUUUGGCAAUUUUAUGUCAACUUGUUCAAAAAAUGGUAAUAUUAUUAAUAAUUCAACAUCACGAAGGGAAUUGAAAUUAAUUUCAACGGUAAUUCGUCCAAAGAGUAAAGGUUAUUUACAACUUAGAAACAGUGAUCCACUAGCGAAACCAAUAAUUUAUCCCAAAUACAUGUCUCAUCCCAAUGACAUUGCUGUUAUGAUUGAGGGAAUUAAAUUUGCUCUACGUUUUGUUGAGGCUAAGGCUUUAAAAAAAUAUGACAUACAAUUGGACAGGACACCUGUGAAAAAUUGUGAACACUUAGAAUUUGGCAGUGAUUCCUAUUGGAAGUGUGCAGUGAUACGUGAUAAAAAUCCUGCAUAUCAUCAAGCUGGAUCAUGUAAAAUGGGUCCUGAUACAGAUCCAAUGGCAGUUGUUGAUCAUUUAUUAAAUGUCAAAGGUAUCAUUGGUGUUAGAAUUGCGGACGCUAGUAUUAUGCCUGAAGUCACUUCUGGUAAUACAAAUGCUCCUGCUAUUAUGAUUGGUGAAAGAGCUGCUGAUUUUAUUAAAAACAAAUAUUUGGGAAAAUUUUUUUUUUUUUAUUUUAUUAUUAUUUUGAAUAAUACAAAAAUGAAUUGCACAAAUUGCACUGUAUCAACAAUAAGUGAUGUGACAUUGGCAUCGGCAUGUGGUGGAACAUCUUUUUUAUUGUUCAUGGGUAUUUUGGAAAUAUUUAUUCGCAAACAAUGCGAUUUGGAAGAUCCAUGCAAUCGUGUUGUACCUCGUGAUAAACCAAAUUUAAGUUAUGACUAUAUUGUAAUUGGAGCUGGAAGUGCAGGUUCAGUUGUUGCCUCAAGAUUAUCAGAAGACAAAAAUAAUUCAAUUUUACUUAUUGAGGCAGGAUUAGAUGAGCCAGCUUGGACACAAGUGCCAUCAUUUUUUUUAAAUCUCAUGCAUACAAAUUUAGAUUGGCAGUAUAAUUUUCAAAGUGAUGAUAAUAAAUGUUCAAUGGAAAAUUCAGCUAAAUGUUAUUGGCCAAGAGGAAAGGUACUUGGUGGGACAAGUACAUUUAAUGCAAUGUUAUACAUAAGAGGUGCUCAUAAAGAUUUUGAUGAUUGGGAAAAAAUGGGAAAUAGAGGUUGGUCCUUUAAGGAUGUACUUCCAUUUUUCAAAAAAAGUGAAAAUAAUUUACAAAUCAAUUUAAUGGACAAUGAUUAUCAUAGUCAAGGUGGAUUACUUCCAGUGACACAAAUGAAUUAUCAUCCACCAAUGUUUAAUGACAUUCUAAAAGCUGCACAAGAAUUAGGUUACAAUACUACUGACGUGAAUGGAAAAACUCACACAGGUUUUGGAAUAGCUCAAACCACUACCAAAAAAGGUAGUCGAUUUUCAUCAGCUCGUGCAUUUCUUAGACCUGCGAGAAAUCGGAAAAAUUUACACAUUAUGAUUAAUAGCACAGUUACAAAAAUUAUAUUCAAUGGAGAACGAAAAGCAGUAGCUGUUGAAUUCUACAGACAGGGCAAACUUGUACAAGUUGGUGUUAAUAAAGAAGUUAUCAUUAGCGGAGGAACAGUAAAUUCUCCGCAAAUACUUUUAAAUAGUGGAAUUGGAGCCAGAGAAGAUUUGAAACAAUUGGGAAUUCCAGUGAUUCAUAAUUUACCAGGUGUUGGAAAAAAUUUACACGAUCAUUUCAAUAUGCCUAUAAUUUUUUCUAUCAAUGAAACUGAUUAUAAUGAUCUAAAUUGGGCCUCGGCUAUGGAAUAUUUAAUUGAUAGAACGGGUCCCUUAAGUGGCGUGGGACUUCUACAAAUUGUUGGAUUUAUGAAUUCAAAAUUUGUCAAUUCACAAGAUGAUCAUCCAGACAUACAAAUGGUAUUUGGUGGAUAUUUACCGGCAUGUUCUAAAAAUGGAAUAAUAGAAAAUAAUUCCAAUGGAAGACGAACAAUUGCUAUAAUACCAUUGGUUAUUCGUACAAAAAGUAAAGGUUACAUUCGUUUAAGAAAUAACAAUCCACUAUCAAAACCAUUCAUAUAUCCUCAAUAUCUAUCUCAUCCUAAUGAUAUUGCUGUUAUGAUCGAAGGAAUCAAAUUUGCUCUACAAUUGGCUAAAACAAAUGUUUUAAAAAAAUAUGAUUUACAAAUGGACAUGACUCCAGUGAAAAAUUGUGAGAAUUUUAAAUUUGGAAGUGAUAAUUAUUGGGAGUGUGCAAUUAAAGAAAAUAGUAAUCCAGGAUUUCAUCCAGCUGGUUCAUGUAAAAUGGGUUCUGAUAAAGAUUCAAUGGCUGUUGUUGAUCAUUUAUUGAGAGUUAGAGGAAUUGAAAAUGUUCGAAUUGCCGAUGCAAGUGUUAUGCCACAAGUUACGUCUGGUAAUCCCGGUGCAACGAUAAUUAUGAUUGGUGAAAGAGCUGCAGAUUUUAUUAGAAACAAAAAAUAUUUAAUGAAGUGUGUUAAUUGUCCAUCGCCUGUUACAGAUGGUACCACAUUGGUUUCAACAUGUUCAGGUGUAACAAUUUUUUUAUUUAUGUCAAUUUUAGAAUCAUUUUUGCGCAAACAAUGUGACCUUGAAGAUCCAUGUGAACGAAUUUUAACAACUGAUCAUCCACAACCAAGUUACGAUUUUAUUGUAAUUGGAGCCGGAAGUGGUGGAGCAACUAUUGCAUCAAGAUUAUCCGAAAAAAAAUGCUUUUCUGUUUUAUUAUUAGAGGCAGGAUUAGAUGAACAUGCAUGGAUGCAAGUACCAUCUAUGUUUCGACAUAUUGUAGAUACAAAUUUAGAUUGGCAGCAUUUAGGUGACGUUGAAAAUACUUCAUGUCUCAAUUGGAAGGAUAAAAAAUGUUCAUGGCCUGGGGGAAAGGUUCUGGGUGGAUCCAGUGCUAUUAAUGGAAUGAUGUAUAUGAGAGGAUCCCAUAAGGAUUACAACGAUUGGGAAAAAUUGGGAAAUAAAGGUUGGUCCUACAAGGACGUUCUUCCAUUUUUUAAAAAAAGUGAAAAUUAUUUACAAAUAGAUAAAGUUGAUAUCAAAUAUCAUGGACAAGGAGGGCCAUUACCAGUGACACAAUUUAGCAAUCAACCACCUAUUAGUUUUGAUUUUUUGAAGGCCGCCAAAGAAUUAGGUUACGAUAUUGUCGAUUUGAAUGGAAAAACACACACUGGUUGGGCUAUUGCACAAACUACAACAAAUGGAGUAUCACGAUAUUCAACAGCUCGAGCAUUUUUACGACCUGCACGAAAUCGUCAAAAUUUACACACUAUGAUUAAUAGCACUGUGACAAAAAUUAUUUUCAACGAUAAGAAAAAAGCAAUUGGUGUUGAAUUUUACAAAAAUGGAAAAUUAGUUCAAAUUAAAGUUAAUAAAGAAGUUAUUGUUAGUGCAGGUGCAGUAAAUUCACCACAAAUACUUUUAAACAGUGGUAUUGGACCACAGAAAGAAUUAGAAGCAGUUAAAGUGCCAGUGGUACACAAUCUUCCGGGUGUUGGUAAAAAUUUUCACGAGCAUGUUACACAUAUGUUGCAAUUUUCCAUUAAUGAAAACGACAUUAAUAUUUUAAAUUGGCCUUCGGCAAUGGAAUAUUUACUGUACAGAAAAGGACCACUGUCAUCAACAGGUAUCUGGCAAUUAACGGGAAUGAUAAAUACAAAAUAUACAAAUCCUCAAGAAGAUCAACCGGAUAUACAAAUAAUAUUUGGAGGAUAUACGGCAGAUUGUUCAAAAUUUGGAGAAAUUCAAAGCAAUACAACGUCAAGAAGAAAAAUAACAAUAUUCCCAAUGGUUCUACGUCCCAAAAGCAAAGGAUACGUUCGUUUGAGAAACAAUAAUCCCCUAUCGAAACCACAUCUUUCUGCCAAAUUUUUAUCAAAUCCUCACGAUGUGGCUGUACUAAUUGAGGGAAUUAAAUUUGUAAUCAAAUUAAUUGAAGCGCCAGCACUUAAAAAAUAUGAUAUCCAAUUAAAUAAAACCCCGGUGAAAAAUUGUGAAAAUUUCACAUUUGGAAGUGAUCCCUAUUGGGAGUGUGUUGUGAGACACAAUACAGCACCGGGUGCACAUUUAGCUGGAUCAUGUAAAAUGGGAUCAAAUACAGAUCCAAUGGCAGUUGUUGAUGAACAAUUAAGAGUUAAGGGAAUUCAAGGUGUCAGAGUCGUUGAUGCCAGUAUAAUGCCAAAUGUUGUUUCAGGAAAUACAAAUGCUCCUACAAUUAUGAUUGCCGAAAGAGCUGCAGAAUUUAUUAAAAAAUUUUGGAAAUCUUUUAGCAGUAAAAAAUGUUGAUUUUAAAGAAAUUUUGAUGACAAAACACUUUCAGUGCGAAGGAGGAAGUAAAUACGAAUUUAUUGUAAAUUAAUGAAAUCUAAUAUAAAGUAUAUAAAAAUUGUUGGUAUUAUUUCAAUGUUUUCCUAUAUGAGGAAAAAAAAAUAUAUACUCUUAUAUUUUUAUUAUCUUUUAAAAACUCUCUAAU